AUGCUGCUCCCGCUUGCCUUCCUCCUGAUCACGGCCUGGCCCUGGGGCUUCAUUGACCGAGGAGACGCCUGGACCUACAAUUUGAGAUGCCAUGAGUGUUUUGCCACCAACACCUUCUCUUGUAUAGACAUCAGAACGUGUCCUUAUCACAUCAGGCGCUGCCUGACUGUCUCCAUUCGUGUGAAUGCUCGGGAAAUACUCGUUUACAAGGACUGUACGUUCAACUGCACGUUUGUGUAUCCCGAAGAGCAAAUGCCGGAAGCGCCAAGGGCAAGAUACUGGGCUACGAACAGCUUCUAUUGGGUUCACUGCUGCAACACCAUGACGUGCAAUCACGGAGGACCUACUAAUCUUGAGAGGGACAUUGUACCCGAAGAGGCAAUUGAGGAGGAGUUGGGAGGGACCGUGCGUCUGGGGGAGGCCACCCUUUUCCUGAGUUUGGCCUCCGUCCUAGUCAGCCACGCCCUGACAUGAGAAGCCCCCUCGGGAGGGUCCGAGCCUCUCCCCGUUUCCCAGAACGCCUUGGCUGUCCUGGCAUCUCUCGUGAGCCAGAGACACUGCGCCUCGGGGCCCGCCGUGGGCGAGUUCCCCGUCUGGGGCUUCU